AUGUCGAACGCGGUGACGACGCCCCUGGAUGUGGUGCGUACGCAGGUCAUGGUGGAUGGCACAGGCUCAAAGCAGUCCAAAAACGUUCUGGAGAAGUUGAAGGACUUGAUUGCCACGAACGACGCGAAGAAGAUUUGGUCAGGCCUUGGUUGGCGCUUGGGCCGCGGUGUUUUGGCAGGAGCCAUCCAGUUCACCGUGCUGGAAAGCACCAAGGAGGCUGUCGAGGGGCGACCCUCGAAACCCGUGAGUAGCGCUUAG